CUUGUAUCCAAAGCAAUACUAUACACAUUCUUCCGGCGGUUCAUUUUGUUGAUGUUGAUAUUGUGAUUCUGAUAAUUUAGCUUCAAAAUGAGUCGCGGGAGCAACAGCAUCCUCAGCGAGAUAGAAUGGGACGAAGGUCUAAGCAUGCCCGUCGCCAACGCGGAUAAUAAAAAGCUUGAAGAUCAGGUUCAGCUGAAGCAGAAAAGAAUUGUUUCAAACAAAAACAAUGUUGAAGAGAUUGAAGAUCGUCUUCAUGCCAUGUCAGAGCACUUGAAAAAUGUCAGACAGGAGCUUGGUCAUACUCAGGGUCUGGUCAGCGCGAGAACUAAGGAGAUCGAAACAGAAAAUCACAUGUUGCAAAUUGCUGAGCGUGAGGAAGGAAGGCUUCAACAAGAAAUCAGUAAGCUGGAGAAGGAUUUGGAGGAGAUUAAGGAAAAGAAGAAUAUGUUUGAGAACAACAUCUUCAAGCAAACUCAGAAGCUUGAAGAGAUGAAGUCACAGAUGAACUGGGACCAGCAAGCUCUGGAAGCUUGGCUUGAGGAGUCAGCAAGGAAAGAUGAAGAUGCAAUGGCUAUACAGAAAUACACACGUCAUGAUGAAAGUAAAAUCAAGGAACUGUCCCUGAGGAUGGUCAGACUUACAGAGGAAAGCCAAAAGAAGAGAAGGGUUCUUGACCAUGAAACUACAGAUACUUUGACCGCCCAGAUUGAGCUAGACAAGACAGCUGAGGAUUUCAGACAGGCCCAUCAAGAACGUCAGGAACUUAUUGAGCAAUGGGAACACACCAUCGAACAGAUGCAGAGACGAGAUCACGAAAUGGACAUUUUGGCUGCUCAACUUGCACGUGUUAAGGCAGAAGUGAGAAAGCGUGAGGAGGCUAUUAAAGAGAAGAUGCAGUUUCUGGAGGGUGAAGUAGACAACAAUAAAGAACAGGAAAAGAAGAUUUCUAUAGCCGAGCGUGUGGCCGCCAGGACACGUAUAGAGCACCAGGAGGCCGAGACCAACAGGGUCCAAUUCUCUGAUGAGUUGGAUGCUCUCAAAAGAACGGUUGAUCGUACGGCCAAUGACCUUGAAGCCACAAGGUCCCAGGUCACACAUUUGAAGAAAGAUGUUCAGGACAAAACUAACAGAUUACAACAAGCUAAGGAGCUGAGAGAGACACUUGUAGACAAGUUGAAGAUAGCAACUGAAUCAACCCUGAGUGCAGAAGAGCGCGCAGCACGAUUUGAUGAGAUGUUGCAGGAUGAGGAUCGAACGCAGCACGAGAUCGAUCAGCAGCUGAAACAUUUACGUGACCUUCAGUUCCACAAAACUCAGGAACUACAAGAUUGUAAGAUCAAGGAAAGGAAUAGAGAGGCAGAGAUACAGGGAAGCCAAGCUGCUAUCAGGAACUUGAACAGCAAGAUAACCAAAUUAGACACAGAUUCUCUCAAACAGCAAGAAAUUAUCUACAAUCAGGAUUUCGCUGUCCAACAAGUGGAAAGAAGGAUCAACCGAAUCCAGGGAGAGCGCAGCAAUGAGGAAAAGGUCCAUCUGGAAAUGAAAAUCAAGGACCUCACGGAUGAUCUGGAGCAAAAGAAUAACACCCACACUCUCCUAACCCUACAACUUAAACGACUUCAGGAUGAUAUACGUCGUGUCAGGAGGGAGCUGGAGAAGAGCGGGGCGGAGAAAAAUGAUUUUACCAGUAAGAUUGAGGAGCUGAACUUAUACAAUGACAGCUCAGAGCGCGAGUUGCGCAACAUCAUUUCAUCCAAGCAGAAUUUGAUGGUGGACCAAAAUAUCCUUAAACUGGAGAUCAAACGAUUACGUGACAUGCUGCAUGGCCGUGCUGACGAUGUUCUAAACAUGGAGAAACGACGAUUACAGCUGGACACGGCUAUGAAGGAACGUAGACAUGAGAUUAGCAUCCACAGUGAGAUGCUUCAAGCUCAGAUUAGAGUCGCAAAUGAGGAAAGAAGCCAGAUAAGUGCUGAGCUCCAUGAACGUAUCUCUAAGAUUGACAAACUCCGUAAAAGGUAUGAAAUUCUGAUGGUUUCCAUGGCACCCCCAGAAGGUGAGGAAGAGAGAUCUCAAGCUUAUUACGUCAUUAAGGCUGCACAAGAAAAGGAGGAGCUCCAGCGUGAAGGUGAUGACCUUGAUGCUCGAAUCAGAAAAGCAGAGAAGGAAAUUCGUGCCCUAGAGAAUACGCUAAAACUGAUGAAUAACAGAAACGAAACAUACAGGAAGAGUUUCAACAAAGUCACCGACCAGAGCGAUGACAUGGAGGAGAAACAACAGCUGGAGGAACAAAUGAGAGCCGUAAUGGAUAAAUACAAGUACAAACGUCGCCAGAUCAGAGAGCUUCAGGAAGACUUGCAGACAAUGAGUAGCACUCUGGACAACCUUGUGAGAGACUCUGGAGCCUAUGAGGAAAUGAUUGACGAAAAGAAGAACAAGGUCUUACAACUGUCAAAAGAAAUUGAAGACCAGAGAGCAAAACUGGAGCGAGCUAUGAAAAGUAAUUCCAAGUAUGCUCGAGAGCUGAGAUCUGCCAAAAAGGCGAAAGGAGAAACUCCAGAGGAGCGUGACUUCCAUGUUAGAGAACUUCGUGAGUUCAAUAAGACGAUCAUGUCCCAAAUCGGAGACAUUCUCCAAACGCACCCGGACAUCGGGGAGACUGUCCAUAUAUACUUCUCACAGGCUAACUUACCACCGCCAACACCACGAGCUGGAGGACGCCAGCCAGGUAGUGCUCGCUCCAGUCUGACAUCUGGUCGCAGUAGUGUUGGGAGUCUGAAGUCGCCCCCUAGUGGCAGUGGCCGACCUACUCCGGUACAGAUAGGGGCAGACCUAGGAGCAAUGCGUUCCCCGGCUAGUUCUCGGAGUUCCAGCUCGAUGUCCAGUGUUCGGAGUGGACACAGCCGGACAGGGGCCAGUUCGAGACACUAGUACCACAUGUUAACUGUCACCGAGUGUCCCCUUGUCCACGUGGACACGACAAUUUUAUAAAAUCUGACUGUGAUAUGUUUGAUGUUUACAUUACUGACAAAGCUCUACUGAUUCCUCACCAAAUAUCUUCCUUUACAUAAAAUGUAGUCUGUCGCCAACAUCCAAUCUCUGAUUUGAAGAUUAUAGAUUUACAAUUCCAUGCUGCACCAAGACACUGAUGAAAAUGAGCUUUCUAGCUGGGAUGAAUGGAAGUGAUUUUUUAAAAUUAUUUUUAAAUAUACUCUUUUCUGUUCUAUAUCAUAAUGAAAGGUUCAACACAGUUAUGCAUAUUAAUAUGGAACAUUGGUACAUGUAGUUAUUUUAUUUGUUACAAGUUUCCUAAGAUUGGAUCCAGUCGAAAAAGUCACUUAUUUUUUAACAAGAAUAUUUUAUUUUCUUGUAGUACCUUUUUCCUGCAUUUGUUAAAAUUGAGUUAAUUUAAAUACGUAACUGUAUGUAUGAUUAUAAAAUCUUAAAUUCUUAAUUAUACAAUAUUCAUAAUCCACAUCUCAGAAUUUCCUGAUUUCAUUUGUAGGUUUCUUCCUUUUAUCAAUAAUAUAAUGCUUUAAUGUGCACUGUAUUAUAUAUCAAUAUGAUUUCCAAAAGACUAUUGAAAUGUUUAUUUCAAUACAUCAUUUACCAUGAUGCUUAAGCUUGCAUUGUUUCUGGAUGUACUUUUGAAAUGUAUUCGAGAUGAUUUCAAAACAUUCCGUCAAUUGAAUGACAAAUUAUUAGUAUACAAUGUGUGUUUAUAUACAGGUAAGAUGAUUUCAAAGCAUUCCGUCCAUGAAAUGACAAACUAGAAAAAUUAUACGAGAUGAUUUUAAAACAUUCCAUCCAUCAGUUUACAAACUAUUAUAAGUGUAUUUGCAAAACAUUCCGUCCAUAAAUUAACAAACUGUAAUGACUUUUGUCUAUUUGCAAAUUAAGAGUUGUAUUUCACAAUAUGAAUUUGUUCUAUUGUCAAAAUCUUCAGAUCGCCUUCACGAAAAAAAUAAACAUUAUGAAGUUGAGGUAUAAUUAUCUAUAGAUAUAUUGUAAGUUGUUUAAAUAUAUUAAAAUGUAUUCUAUGAGAAAGCUAAUGAUAAUAAACUCAUUGUGUCUGUAA